AUGCUAAGAACCGGACGGUAUAACCGACAGCCAUCUGAGCAAUUCUCAGUGUCGUUGGCCCACCACGGUCGUACUAACGACGAUAACCAGAACGACAAUCCGAACGGUAACCCGAACGGCAAUCCGAACGGUAACCCGAACGAUAAUCCGAUCGGUAACCAGAACGACAAUCCGAAUUGCAACCCGAACGACAAUCCGAACGGUAACCAGAACGACAAUCCGAACGGUAAUCCGAAAGGUAACCGGAAUGAUAACCCGAACGGUAACCCAAAUGGUAACCGGAACGGUAAUCGAAAUGGUGACCCGCACGGUCAUCCGGAAAUAGGGGAGCCCAUCGAUUUACUGCCAUUCAUGGCUGCAAUCAUGCAGGCUCCAAUGCCCGAGAGAACUCCUCCAACAAUAGAAAAGUAUGAUGGAUCCACUGAUCCGGAUGAUCACAUCAGGGCAUUCCUCAACUCAAUGGCGUUUUAUACAAGCAGUGACCUAGUUUAG